GAAAUGGAAAUCAGCAACAAUGUGACAGAGUUUAUUCUACUAGGACUUACAGAGAAUACAGACAUGCAGAAAAUUGUAUUUGUUGUGUUUUUCAUCAUCUACAUCUCUACUGUGGUAGGAAAUGUACUUAUUGUGGUCACCAUCAGUACCAGCUCAUUACGGGGGUCACCUAUGUACUAUUUCUUGGCCUAUCUGUCUUUAAUUGAUGUCUGUUAUUCCUCGGUCAGUACUCCCAACCUGAUCAUAAAUUCUCUCAGUAAAAAGAAGACCAUCCUAUUCAAUGGAUGCAUGGCCCAGGUCUUUUGGGAACAUCUCUUCGGAGGUGCUGAAGUCAUCCUGAUUACUGUAAUGGCCUUUGACCGCUAUGUGGCCAUCUGCAAGCCUUUGCACUAUACAACCAUCAUGAACUGGAGAGUAUGUGGUCUGCUGGUGGGAGUGGUCUGGAUGGGAGGUUUAGUUCACGCAACCAUACAGAUCCUCUUCAUCAUCCCAUUACCGUUCUGUGGUCCAAACGUCAUUGACUACUUCAUGUGUGAACUGAUACCCUUACUCAAUCUUGCCUGCACUGAUACCCACACUCUGGGGCUCUUUGUUGCUGCCAACAGUGGGUUCAUGUGUCUGCUAACGUUUAUUCUCCUCAUGGUCUCCUAUGGAGCCAUCCUGUGCUCACUGUGGGGCCACAGCUUGGAGGCAAAAAGCAAAGCUCUCUCCACCUGUGCCUCCCACAUCACAGUGGUCAUCUUAUUCUUUGUGCCUUGCGUGUUUGUGUACCUGAGACCCGCAGCUACUUUAUCCAUAGACAAAGCAAUUGCUGUGUUCUACACUAUGAUAACUCCCAUGCUAAACCCCUUAAUCUACACCUUGAGAAAUUCCCAGAUGAAAAACGCAAUUAGGAAAUUGUGUACGGGGCAAACCAUUUCAGGUGACCAAUGA